AUGGACACGAUGAUGAAAGAAUUCCACAAGCAGCAUCCGUGGACCCUACUCUUUGCCGACGAUGUCGUGCUCGCGUCGGAGUCUCGAGAUGAUCUUCAGAAACAAGUACAGUCUUGGAAGGAUCGGCUGCAGCAACAUGGGUUGCGCCCGAACAUAUCAAAAAGUGAGUACAUGGAGUGCGGACCAAGGAUAGAGAAUGGUUCAAUUCGUGUCGAUGGCACCGAAUUAAACAAGGUGAACUGUUUCAAGUACCUUGGAUCCAAAUUGACUUCCACAGGCGACAUUGAUCAAGAAGGUCGAGCACGUGUUAAUGCGCCAUGA